AUGCAAGUACUAUAUCAAAUGAAUUGUGUAAGGAAACACAUUUUGAAAAGCAAAACAUAUUAUUUGUAAGUCCUUGAAGAUUCAAUGAUUUUGAGUGAACAUAAAAACAUGUUGAAUCCCAAGUAUAUAAUCCAAUUUAAUUUUGAAACAAGAGUAAUGUGGAAGGUUUCAGAAUAAGAUGAAUUAUGUUCAUUUGGAAUCUACUAUGUGAAUCGAAUUAAAUGGUUCGACUCUGAUCAUAAUUCUCUCAAUCUCUUGAAAAUUCACCUGUCUCCUAAAGUCUUUUUUGGAAAUAUUUCUAUAUUUUACGAUUCUGGUUCCAUUAUUGGAUCAGGAGCAUCAUCAAAAGUGAAAUAUAAAAAUUUAAAUUAGGUUUGUCUGGUUAAAGUAAAGAAGAGUAUUCUUGAAUAUGCAGCCAAAUGCAUUUCGAAAAAGUAUCUCUUACAAAAAAAGUCAAAUGACCGCAUGAAUAGAUUAUAAUAAGAAAUUUAAAUCUUACAGAAGAUUGAUCAUCCAUAUUUCGUAAAGCUACAUGAGAUCUACCAAGGAGAGAACUCUUACUAUUUGGUGACGGAUUACUUGUCAGGGGAUACACUUUAUAAUUACAUUAAAACAUUUCCAGACGAUUAGAUACCAUCUCAUUAGAUCAGGGAAGCUAUCAAAAUUAUAUUGACAGCAUUAAAAUAUUUGGAAAUUAACAAUAUUAUCCAUAGAGAUAUCAAAUUAGAAAAUAUCUUAUUAUAAAAAUAAAAUGAUAUUACUUCAUUAAAGAUAAUUGAUUUUGGCUUGGCAAUUUAUGCAUAACCUUAAUAGAAAAUUAGUAUUUGUGGCACUCCUGGAUACAUUGCCCCUGAAAUACUCAAAAAUUCCAACGCAGAUGAAUAUUUUACUCAUAAAUGUGACAUUUUCAGCGCAGGAGUCAUCUUUUAUAAAUUAUUGACAAAGAAAACAUUGUUUCGAGCUCAAAACACAAUGGAAAUUAUGGAACAGAAUAAAUUAUGUUUAGUCAAUUAUUAAGAUAUUGAAUAUAAGUUAUAAAAGGAGGCAGUUAGUUUGUUAAAAUCAAUGUUGGAUCCGAAUCCUAGAACUAGAUAUUCAGCAGCAUAAUGUCUUGAACAUCCUUACUUUAGUUGUAAACUUGAGAAUAUUAAUAUUUUAUAAGAGAUCUUAGAUAAAGCUACAGGAUUUUCUGGUCUCUCAUAAAUUAAAGAAUAAAAGGAUACUCAUUCAAUUGGAAUAGAGUCUCAAGCUGCAUAAGUUAAAAGAUGCAAUCCUACAUCCUAUAAGAUAAGAACAGAAUAAAGAAAAAGAACUAAAAGCCCUAGAAAAUAUGCGGAAUUUCAAUUUUAUUGUCCGUCCUUUUGUUAAAUGAACUCAUUCGAAAGUUUAAGUAGCAAAGGAUCUUCUUCCUAUUCUAAUAAAGUUUCAAGGAUUGAAAAUUUAAUUAAUGAUAAAUUAGAUUCGGUGAUUGAAGAAGAUGAUAAAUUUCAAUAAAAUAUUAAGUAAGUAUGUUCAAAUUGA